AUGCGAUGCCACUUCAUGAAAGUGUAUGCCGUGGAGCCAAGCUGCAUGCACCAUCCCGGGCAGUCCUCUCAUGUCCAAGCUGAGCGGUACUUGCCUGGUGUCUUCCUUAAGUACAACUCCAAUGCUGGCUACGUGAAUCGGGAGGCUCCGGACUCUGAGACGGACUUCUUCCGUGUGGAGCGGAAGAUGGACCCGCGAUCGCCCAUUUUUCAGCUCCUGAAUGACCUCAAUGCAAGAGAAUUCGAUCCCUUGAGGGAGUUGGAGCCCUCGGACGUUGUGUGGCAUAGCGGCAGCUGGCGCUCAUUGUCCAACCGUCGGCUGUGGGCACUCAAUCACAGCAGCGAUGGAAUGAGCGGCCGGCCGCUAUGUGUGCGAGCUCGCGUGCGGCCAGUGGAUGCCGAGUUCCAUGCGAAAAGUACCAGUACCAAUGACGGGGUCUCCGUGAUGAUCAGCGCACGGCAUCCAGACUUCCCGGAGCUUCCGGUCAUCGACUAUGAUUGCAUCGUGGUCCUCAUCCCGAUGCUUUGCCUGGGCGUCACUCUUGGGGUGCUGGUCAACAGAACGGCGCCAUCCUGGCUGCUGUUGCUGCUGCUUUGCUCCACCUUGUGCCUGGCGCUCUGGCGUACCGGCGCCAAGGGCUUCAAGCAGCUGGCGAAGGAGCAGGAACAGCUGGCCCAGUGCAGCGUGCCCGAGGACGCCGUAGAGCCCACGCCGGAGGCGGUCGUGAGCUACGGAGAGGUGCUGAGCGAGUUGGUUCAAGCAAAGUCGGAGCAGAUCGCCGGCAUCGCCAUGGUGUGGCUGGUGAUGCUGGGCGCGAGCCUGCAUGGCCUACCCUACUGCUCAGCCAAGUACGGCAUCUUUGUGCUGGUCCUGGCCGCGUUGCUGGUGACUUUUGCGUUGCUGAUGACCUGGCGCUUCCAGCCCACGUCGUACCUGAACCCGAUCGACUGGCUGAAGGGUGAUGAGAACCGGCACCCCAUGACCUUCCCCAUGGUGGCCUUUGGCACUGGAUUCCUGGGCGCCAUGCUAGGCCUGGGGGGCGGCAUCUUGCUGAGCCCGGUCCUGAUCGAGGUGGGCAUGCACAGCGAGGCAGUGCAGGCCACUGUGGCCAGCUUCGUGUUCCUGUCGAGCUCCCUGGCAAUGAUCCAAUACUUUCUCAUGGGCCAGAUUGUUUGGCACUACGCCUUGUGGUACGGCAUGGUCAGCGUGGGAGCGACUUACCUGGGGCAGACCGCCUGCGAGGUCUUUAUCCGCAAGCGCCGGCGCUACUCCUUUAUCACGCUCUCGGUGGCCUCGGUGCUGCUGCUGUCGCUCUUCUGCCUCUGCGUGGUGGGCACCAAAACCGUGGUGCACGACUACGAGAUGGGCAAGCCGCUGGGGUUUGCCUUCACGCGGCUUUGCAGCUUGAAGCAUAAGCUGUUGGAAGCCAUGUACGCGGCCGUCGUGAUGCAAACCAUGGUCAGCAUGGUCAGCAUGGUGGAGAAGCAGAGAUGGUCUACGGCAUUCUUCAGAAACAAUUUGGGGCAAGCUCUGGCCACUCUGGGGGUUCUACUGGCCAUUGGCAUGUCCACCUUGACUGCGCCCUCUUUGACCAAAACGGCCUUGCCACGCGAUGCAUCGCAGUGCCUGCCUUUUCGCAGUCUUGAACUAACCACAAACUGCCCAGAAGAGGAUGGCUGGGUAGCGCACCUUCUUGCACAUGACACCCGCCCUGUGGAUGCACAGACCGUUUUUCUGGAUGUGGGCUGCAACACAGGCGCGGACGCGGUGAAGUACCUGGACCUUUGGGGUCGCAGUCCCGGCAUCUUUCAGGCCUGGCAUGAAGGUCUCAAGGAGGAGGGGGCUAUCCGGGCCGGAAGCUGCCAGAAUCACCAGAGCGAGUGGCCCCAACGCACUGCCAGCUCUUUCACCGAUCCGAGCGUCAUUUGCGUCGAGCCCAUGUCUGCCAACGUGGAGGUCAUGCGCACCUUGCACCGCAGAGUCCUGAACAGCAGCGGCGCGUUCGAAAUCGUCCACGCCGCGGUGUCGGACCAUGUUGGUGUGGCUGACUUCCCCUCCGGUCAAGUGGGCACAGAAGACUUCGGACUGGAUGUUGCCUCGCCGGUUGAUCCAGCUGGGAACGCUCGCCAAAUCCACACCGUGGAGGUCAACGUGACGUCUGCAGUCGACACACUGAUGGCUUCUCGCGGCCUGUCGCGGGUGGAUGUGAUGUCCGUGGACACAGAGGGCCAUGAUCCUAUGGUGCUGGCCGGCGCUGCCCAGGCGUUGAAGACUCUACGGCUGCUGUUCUUUGAGGUGCAUCAGGACCUCACCGCUUCACCCUGGAGCCGAACCUCUCUCCUGGCAGUCGCUGAGACCUUGGACCACUACGACCUCGACUGCUUCUGGGCUGGCAACAACGGGAAGCUUCAGAAGAUCACGGGCUGCUGGACUGUGCAGGAUGAGAGCACGCACAGCCCGAUCCCAUGGGCGAACAUCCUGUGCGUCAGGAGGGGUGAUGAGUGGCACGGAGCUCUGCAGAAGUACGUCGGAGCAAUUGCCUAG